AAAAGAAAAGUAGCCCAGCCAAGGUCCAAGUUCCGAGUCCUCCCUCCCUCUCUCCCUCCGUCCCCGUCUUCCUCCUCCAGCGACCGCUUCUCCCCACCGGCCGCGCCGCCCCACCCACCGGACCCAACCACCGCCGCGCCCCGCUUGACGGCUCCCUCCCUCCGCCCGCUCCUCGGAGCCACAGGUCGGAGGCGCUCGAUUCGGCGCGCUGCCUCGCCGGAGACGCCUGCUCUGGGUCUCGGUGACAGCUCAGCUCGGCUCCCCUCCCCUACACUACCGUGGUGCGGCAACGGACCUAGGGUUUACUGUUCAUCAGCAGCAGGGUGAGGUGGCAGCUCCUGCUGCCCGGGAGUCAGGGGACGAGCCAGCUUAGUUCAGCGUCGGUUCGGGGGGGAUUUGGACUGAUCUGGGCGGUAGCAUGAUCAAGCAGAUCCUUGGCCGGUUCCCUAAGAAGCCGUCCAAGUCCGGGGACAAGGAUCCGAUCGGACGGUCAGGCGCCUCCGUGUCCAACCCUCCGAGAGGCGCGGAGAGGGUGGCAUCCGGCCACACGCCAAUCAUCUCCAGCUCUGGGCUCAGCUACGGAAGCGGCCAGCAGCAUCCGGGUAACGGAAACAACCCGAGGGUCAAUAAUGGCAAUUCAUCGGCCUUCGAGGUGCUGCCGGGCUUUAAGGACGUGCCCAACGCCGAGAAGAAUAACCUCUUCGUCAAGAAACUGAACCUGUGCUGCGUCACGUUUGACUUCAGCGACCCGACAAAGAGCAUGAAGGAGAAGGAAGUAAAGCGACAAACUCUGUUGGAGCUCGUGGACUAUGUUGCCUCGGCCAACCAGAAGUUUCCGGAGAUAGUUAUGCAGGAGACCACGAGGAUGGUUUCUGUGAACCUGUUCAGGACGCUGACCACCCCUCCCAGAGAGAACAACAUUUCAGCCUAUGAUUUGGAUGAGGAUGAGCCUGUGAUGGAUCCUGCGUGGUCGCACUUGCAGAUUGUUUAUGAGUUGUUCUUGAGGUUCAUUCAGUCUCCGGAGACUGAUGCCAAGCUGGCUAAAAGGUACAUCGACCAUUCGUUUGUCCUCAGGCUGCUUGAUCUCUUUGACUCUGAAGACCCCAGGGAGAGAGAGUACCUCAAGAUGAUACUCCAUCGUGUCUAUGGAAAGUUCAUGGUUCAUCGGCCAGUUAUUAGGAAAGCCAUCAACAACACCUUCUACCAGUUCAUCUAUGAAACUGAAAAGCACAAUGGAAUUGCAGAGCUGUUGGAGAUCUUAGGGAGCAUCAUCAACGGGUUUGCGUUGCCACUUAAGGAAGAACACAAAUUGUUCCUUAUCCGGGCCUUGAUUCCACUUCACAAGCCAAAGUGCAUUGCAAUGUAUCAUCAACAGUUGUCUUACUGCAUUACCCAGUUUGUUGAAAAAGAUUGCAAACUCUCAGACACAGUUAUCAGGGGCCUACUGAAAUAUUGGCCCAUCACAAACAGCACCAAAGAGGUGAUGUUUUUGGGAGAGUUAGAAGAGAUACUAGAAGCUACACAGCCCGCGGAGUUUCAGAAAUGCAUGGUUCCUCUUUUCCGCCAGAUUGCACGUUGUCUGAACAGUUCUCACUUUCAGGUUGCUGAGAGAUCGUUGUUUUUGUGGAACAAUGACCAUAUCGAGAGUUUGAUCAAACAAAACAGCAAGGUGAUAUUGCCCAUCAUAUUCCCUGCACUGGAGAGAAAUUCCAGCGGGCACUGGAACCCAGCUGUGCAAAGCCUCACUCUUAACGUGCGCAAAUUGUUCUCUGAUCAUGACGCCGGACUGUACACCGAGUGUCUGCGGAAAUACGAGGAAGCCAAAGCCAAAGAGAAGGAGAACAAGCUGAAGCAAGAAGCCACAUGGAAACGCCUAGAAGAGAUCGCGUCAUCAAGAGCAACCAGCGGCGAGGCUGUGCUCGUCCAUCGAACCUUACCCCGUCAAUCUUCAGCUGUGUAGCUAAUUAUUCAAGUGUAGGGGUUCCUCCAGAGAUUCGUGAAACAUUGUACAUGAUUGAAUUGUAUAUACAAGGUAUAUUAGGCGGGCAAAUCGACGGGAGAUCUGAGAAGCCAGGUGGUGGGUUAGGCGCAGCGCGGGAGCAUCAUCAUUUCUUGGUCCUGAGCCUCGGCGGCUUCUCUCGGCAUGCUGAGAUCUGCGGUUCAUUGCUAUAUCCUUUAUCCUUGUCCGAAUUCGGUUACAGUCUGUUCCUCCUCCCAUGGAAGGGUUUGUUGUGGAAGCAAAUGGUCGGCCGUUGUGGUCGGUGGGUAGGUCUCUAGUUAGAGAGGUAGAGAGAAGUCGGUCUUCAUUUCAAAACGAGUCAUGGUUGUUCUUGAGUCGGCAUGGUUGUAAAAAAUGGAAGCAAAGUUUUCUUUUCCUGUACAAUAUAACCAAAAAUAUUUUCUCACAUAACGUGUGAGGUGCAUUCAUUUUAUUAUUAUUAUUA